CAUGCAGCUGGAGAUCUUCCAGUAUGAGACCUUCAGGAGGCAUGCUAGGAAUUACCUGGAGCCUGCUAUUAUCCACAAGUGGAAGACUGAUCAGCUGAAGAUUUUCCAGCAACUACACCACCAGGGGGGAAAUGUCACAGUUGCAGGAGAUAUGAGAGCAGACUCUCCAGGGCACUCAGCGAAGUUCGGAAGCUACACACUCAUGCACCUGGGAAGCAAUACCAUUGUGGACUUCCAGCUUGUUCAGAGCAAUGAAGUAGGUGGUAGUUACCACAUGGAAAAGGAGGGACUCAAAAGAUGCCUAGAUCAUCUGGAGUCAAACAAUUUGGCGGUUGAGUACAUUGUGACUGACCGUCAUCCACAAAUCCAGAAGUUUCUGAGGGAACGCAACAUAGAACAAUUCUAUGAUGUGUGGCACUUUGAAAAAGGUUUGUCCAAGAAACUUGUGAAACUUUCACAGAACAAGGACUGCAAGUUGUUGAAGAGGUGGCUGCACAGCAUAAAAAAACAUGUAUACUGGAGUGCGACGAGCACAACCUCGGGGCCGGAGAAGGUGGCAAGGUGGACGUCAGUCGUCAACCACCUACAAAACAUUCACGUGCACGACGACCCCCUAUUCCCCAAGUGUGAACAUUCUGAAAGAGCCACAACAGAUGCAAAUAAAUGGCUAAAACCUGAUUCAAUAACACUCCACAAAGUUGAGAAAAUACUCAACAACACGAGAGUUCUCAAAGAUGUGAAAAAGCUAAGCCAUCACUACCAGACCUCAUCGCUGGAGUCGUUCCACAGCUUGAUUCUGCGUUUUGCCCCCAAAAAUGUGGUUUUCCCCUUCAUGGGAAUGUUGUGCAGGUUGUGUCUAGCAGCCAUGCAUCACAAUGAGAAUGCUGACCGUGAGCAAGCCACAACAGCUGCAGGACUACCUGUGUACAAAUUGGCCUAUCCAAAAGCAAGGAGGGGAGAAUGUACCGCAAAGCCUGUAAAGAAGGACCCUACAUAGAUGUACGUGGGUGAGCUGAUGAGGCUGGUGUUUGAGGAAGUAUUUGAGGAUCCAACACCCUUUGUGGAGGAGAUGAAUAAAAUCCCCAUCCCAAAGGACCUGUCCACUCAAUUUGACAGGCCCUCAAAGGAGGAAGUGGUAGCCCGCCAUGUCUCACGUUUUAGUCAAGGGGCGGUCGGAAGCCAACAUACUGUCCUGCCAGAUCAGGAAACUCCCGGCGUAUCCGGCGGACAACACAUGACGGGAUGACCACUCUGAUGCCUUGUCCUAAGAAGCCCCAGCACCAGCUUACAAAGCUGCGAUAGGCAAGAUGCCGAAAACGCCUAUAGAGGAGGAAUGGAUGAUAAGAUAUAUGUGCUGUCCUGUUUUUCACCCUUACCCUCUGGCUGCUUGAAAAACUGAUUUUCCCCACAGGUCCAUCUUAUCUUAUACAGUGUAUAUAUGUAUAUCAAUCAUCAUUUUGUACAUUUCUAGAAAUAA